GCACAAUUUACGCACACUCAAAAGAGCGCACGCCACAGCAAAGCUCGCGGAGCACUGUGAACACACACGAGAUGAACACAGACCGACGCUGAGCUCUGUUGUAUAUCUAUAGCGUCACAUCACCUCGAGCGCUGCGCGUGGACUGUCCUCGCUGCAGUCAUCGCUGCGUCUCUGCCUUUCGCCCCAAAGAAAGCUCACCGCAGCUGUCAGCCGAUUAGUGAGCACUUAUAUCGCGUUUACCUUUUACAGUCGCCCGAAGCAGGAAUCGUCAGACCUCCCUUUGGCUCUCCUUUCGACACCAUGGGGAAACAGAACAGCAAGCUGACCCCUGAGGUAAUGGAGGAUCUGGUGAAGAACACAGAAUUUAAUGAACAUGAACUCAAACAGUGGUACAAAGGCUUCCUGAAGGAUUGCCCCAGUGGCCGACUCAACCUGGACGAGUUCCAGCAGCUGUAUGUUAAGUUUUUCCCUUAUGGUGAUGCCUCAAAGUUUGCUCAACACGCUUUCAGAACCUUUGACAAGAAUGGAGAUGGCACCAUCGACUUCAGAGAGUUUAUCUGUGCCCUGUCCAUCACAUCAAGAGGCAGCUUCGAACAGAAACUCAACUGGGCCUUUAACAUGUACGACCUGGAUGGAGAUGGCAAAAUCACACGAGUUGAGAUGCUCGAGAUCAUUGAGGCAAUCUACAAGAUGGUGGGGACUGUUAUCAUGAUGAAGAUGAAUGAGGACGGCCUGACGCCUGAGCAGCGGGUCGACAAAAUCUUCAGUAAGAUGGAUAAGAACAACGACGACCAGAUCACAUUGGAAGAGUUCAAAGAAGCAGCAAAGGGUGACCCGUCCAUUGUAUUACUGCUGCAGUGUGACCUGCAAAAAUGAGCGUCUCAGAAAAGAGCCAGGGACUGCACAAAUGAUUAAUGUUCCAUUCAGUUUGCAGCUAUUUCCACUGAUAAAAAAAUUGCUUGGACUACCUUUCAAUGAAUCCGCUUCCUGUGUUUGAAACACUUGUGUGCAUGAGAAUGUUCUUUGCUAAUGAAUUUCACAUACGCACCCACAUGAACACCUUUACACAUAAAAAUACAUUCACUCGCACACAUACAGACCAUGCCAUGCACAAAUAGAAUAUUUGAAUAUAUUAUAUGAAUAUUAAUAUACAUAUAUAUAUUGAGUAGGCAAAAUUAACUGCAAAAUGUGAAGAGUAUGCAAAGUACCUUCUAAAUCCACUAGGAGCUUGCGCAUCACUGAUGUGCUGUAUUAAAUCAAGCUACUAUUUAUUGUACUGAUGCUAGCUAUGUGUACCAUAUACUGUGUAAUGUCAACCGAACCGAUUCUUAUGGUAAUCGUAACUGUUCCGGAUUUACCCACUCGUCUGGAUGGACAAAAAGAUAAGCUUAUGUCCACUGAACUUUUCCCUUCAAAUCUGCUUGUACUGUUGGCGAAUAUAAAUGUAGUGUUUUUGCAUGCCACUAGAUUUGCCUUAAGAGCACUUCCCUUAUUUGCAUCCUGCAUAAAGAAUGAAAACAAGCCUUAUUUAAAAGAAAUAUUAGAGAUGUGAAAUAGAAUUAGAAGGAUAAUUCAUUGGUUUUGCAAAGAUCUUUGAUGCAUUGAUGGGAAAAGGCUAGUUCACUACACCUUUUAUGUCUAGCAUGUACAUCACAUGAGAGGGAUUCAGUGUGGCCGAAUGUAAUCCGUGAGAAUAAUUCAGCGACUGAGAGCAUACAUUCAUUCUCAUGGUGGAAAUAUUAUGGCAUUAAAAAAUAUUCCCAUAUAAAACCUACAAGCUGUGCAGUUUCAGAAUGUCAUCAAAUGUAAUAAAUUGCAUAUCAGUGUGCAGAUUUA